AUGGCGUCCGGAUUACCAUCAAACCCGCUCAAAAAAAUCCAGCUCGUGCGCAUCGCCCACGUCUGGUACAAGCACGCAAACAUAGACAAGGCAAAGCAAUUCGCCCUAGACUUUGGCUUCGUCGAGACCGCACAGGUCGGCAAGAUCACCUUUUACAGGGGAUAUGGAACCGAGCCAUUCUCCCUCGCCCUCGAGGCGUCAGACAAGGACGAGUUUGGGGGAGCGGCAUUCGUAGUGGAAUCGGAAGAGGAGUUGGUGCACGCAUCCAAGACACUGCCGACAGAGUGCAAGGCGACGGAGGUGCACGAGCUGAAGGAUGUUCCCGGUGGUGGCAAGCGCGUCACGUUUUAUGACCCUGUCGAUGGCUUCCCGUUCCAUCUGAUCUAUGGACAGACGCUGGUUGAGAGGGAAGAUCCUGGGUUUCCUGCGUUGAAGUACAACUACCCGACUGAGAAGAACCGUGGCGCCAACGAGAAGCAGCGCUUCACAAAACGCCCAGCACCAGUGCACAAACUCGGCCAUUUCGGAAUGUGCGUCACAAACUACGCAAAAUGCUACGAGUUUUACAGCAACUACUUCAACUUCCACCCCAGCGAGCUCGUGCACAACGACGACAACGUCGACAUAACCGUCUUCUUCCGCCUCAACCGCGGCCCCGAACUCGUCGACCACCACUGCUUCUUCUUCUUCGAGGGCCCCCAAUCACACGUCCACCACUCCUCCUUCGAAACCCACGACUUCGACGCCCAGGUGCUCGGCCACGACUGGCUGCGCCAAAAGGGCUACACCAACUGCUGGGGUGUCGGGAGGCACGUCAUGGGCAGCCAGAUCUUUGAUUAUUGGUUUGAUCCGGCCAAGUUUAUCUUGGAGCAUUAUGUGGAUGGGGAUUUGUUGGAUAUGAGCGAGCCGACGCAUCGGACGAAGGCGGCGCCUGAUAAUUUGCAUGUGUGGGGUCCUGACGUUCCGCCGACGUUUUUACAAUGA